ACCGCCGGCGGAGCGGACGCUGUGUCGUACCGUCCCGAACCGUUUCUCGACGUAACUGGUACGUUCCGUGCGUCAUGCGUACCGUUUGACAGGUCGCUGGUACCACGCCGCGGUACGGUAACUCUUGGAGUGUUCAAGUGUUAGUGUGUGUGUGGAUGCAGUAGCGGGCGUGCAAUGUCGCGGGGUGGUGGGACGGCGUGACCGGGCCACGGUGCGGGGAGGGGCGCUUUACGCCUGAUAUCAUGCCUUUCGAAUUGAGACCAGGUGCCAGCGCGGGUGGUUCUGGCGUGUCAGUGUCAACACAGGCGGACAUAGCUCACUCUGCGAAAGGUUACGAAUCAGAGGAUGAAAACGCGGGCAGAAAGCGGCAGAAGGCCAGCGACGACCGGCCAGCCAGCAAGACCACGAUGUACUCCAAACAGGAGUUCCGAGAACAAUACUGCAUCAACAACAAACAACUGGAUCUGCUGGAACUGGAAAAGUCCAAGAAGGACCGAUUCCUCGGAUGCCUGUCCCAGUACCAUAUCGAGAGUCCAUGCUCCAGAAGCAACAGGGCAUCGUUUCUAUCCGUGUGUGUCCGUCGUCGAGUGCCCUCAGAUGAGAAUCUCAACACCGAUUAUGCGCCCAUACAGCGGUAUCCAAGGUUUGGUCAGCCCAGUCCAGCUCCGCCCGAGGUGUGCGCAUAUGACGCCGAUCUGGAGUGCUCAUACUUCCGGCGACGGCCGCGCUCGGUGUGCAACCAACCUGACCCCAAACGCUACACGUGGAUGCCAGAGGAUGAAGACUUCACCCGCAUGGAGUGGCCACAAUCGGUAAUAGAAGAUAACGCGGGUUGGCCGCAAAAUUACAACGUCGACCAAAUCGCGUCAGUUAGCCGAGGAGGCUCUUUACCUAGACCCCCUUCGAUAAUUCCCUGCCCCGCCCACACUCCGAUACCUCCGCCACCCCCACCACCGCCUCUCACCAUACCACCGCACAGAACAAAACACGUGUCGUUCGCUCGCUCGCACACGUUGACCACAUUCGACGAUUCAGUUAUGCCGGCCGCUGUUGGUGGACCACGGUUCAGAAGAGACUGUGAAAGACUUAUCGACGGACGUCCAGAAAACAAGCCAUAUGCAACGCUACCAGUGAUGUUCCAGCCGUUUCCGCCAUACCCACAGUAUAUAGCGCAGGCACCGGCGCCGAUCCACUACCCGCCACCAAUCAUCCCCAUGACCCACAGCGCACAAACAGGGACCCCUGUGCAACGGUCAACACAGAUAGACCCACCCAAAGUCGUAGUAUUAGAUACCAUUAAGAAAGGAGUGAUGCGAACUCAAGCUACCCAGACUGAAGUAUGUUUAGGAAGGAAACCGCAUCCACCUAACUACUUAUCGUUGAGUCCUAGAACAAUAAAAAGGGUAAAAAUGGUAGCAGCGGGUGUUCAAACAAAUGGUUAUACAGUGGGUGCUAGAAGAUUAACUAAAUCAUUUUCAGAAGUCGGUGGAGAUCGUUUAGUAGGUCGUGAAAAUGAAAAUGAUGUAACUGUAGCAGUUGAAAGUAUUAUAGGUACGGAGCAUGAAAAACUUCAUAGAACCCAAUCAGAAGAACCCCCUAGGUCUCCACGAUCACCCACAUCAGUAAUGCCAACAUCGCCACUCAUGCAAAGAGGAGACUCUGACGAUGUAACGUCAUCUUCUAUAAAAUCUAUAGCAUCUUCACAAGUAGAUAAAUCAUCAGAACUUAGUGCAUUACAAAGGCAAGCCCAAGAGUACUUCCAACAGAAUUUCCAAUUCAUUCAUGAAAGCGAUAGAGAUGAUACCAUUGAGGAUGACAUAGAAACAAUUGAAAAAAGCAUGGCAUUAAAUCGUAGAAAUCUAGAAUAUUUACAGCAAGAAAUAGCUAAGCAGGCUAAAAAUGAACGAUCACUUAGGUCAAUUUUAUCGAAAAGUACUAGCGAUGCUUCUCAAAAAACUAUUAACUCUUCACAUGGUCUCUCAAAAACUUCUACUUUUCAAUCUGAACCUUCGACUGAAACGUCUGCCACUACUACGGACGAUAGUGAAAAGAAUGAAAAAGAAAUAAUAAUAGAUUUUGAGCCUAGACCUGACGAUGAAGCUAUACCAUUCACAACAUUACGUAGGAAAACUAAAAGAGUGCUACAGAAAACUCUAUCUGAAGGAGAAAUAUUAAUGGACGCAAGAAAAAAUGAAAUAAGCGGUACAACUGACGGAAUAAAAGACGCACCUAUUAUAAUGUCAACGAGCCAAGAAAAUAUGACACAAGAAGAUCGUGAAAGGGAAGCUCUAUACAAAGAGUACAUUACGCAAAACUACAGUCAAACUCCUAUAAAAGAUGAAGGUAUUUUCGGAUUUGAACCUGACGGUUCAUUUAGCACGGCUAAAUCAAGUCCCGCAUCGCCAGACCCUGUUAGUUCUGAUGUAGUUACUAAACCAAAACCAAAACGGGCAGUCAUUACUAACAAUGUUACAACAAUACUAGCACCACUUGACAAAUCGUCACCAUGUGCCUCAAACGAGUCACUAACUGUGGACCAAAGCAGAGAUCAUUCAGAUGGUCUAUGGAAUGAAUCUCAAACAACUGUUUUACAAGUUGAUUCUGGCACUGACAAUGGAACAGUAAUAAGUUCGUCCGAUCUAAGUUCUCUUGCUACAUCGCCAGGAGCUCUAGCAUUACUGACACCGACUUCUAGAAGGAAACAACUUUUGUUAUUGCAACAUCAGCAAAGGUCUUCCCUAGAUACAGAUGCAUUAGAUGAAGAAUUUGACGUUUCUCAGAGUCAGUCACCUACUUCACCUAGAAAUAAACUAGAUACGUCUAGUUCUAGUGCUAUGCAACAAACAAGAGCAUCAUUAUCUCCACCAGCAGUGGUUCCUAAUAUUUCUUUACCAAUAACUAAGCAACCAACAAUUUCAAAAAUAUUGUCACCAACAGCACCUCUGAAAGCAAAUCACACGCCAGCCAUCGCAAUCACACACCCGAGCUUAGAUUUGUCUGAUGUACCAUUUAAAAGAACUCCUAGUUUUAUUAACAAGAAACGAGAAAGAGCUUUAAGCCCAUCUAGAAGGCAGGAACUACAAAGAAAAGCGCAACAAAAAGAACCUAACGGCACAAUUCCAAAUCAAAUUGUAGAAUCUCCUUCUGAACCAUCUUUGGCUAAGGCAGUUAGUAGUGAAACGAGUUUAAAUAGAACUGAUUCAGGGAAGCUAAAUACUACUGAUGUAUCAGAAAGUACUACGACGACCGAGGAUUAUGUUACUGCGAAUUCAGACAGUUCCAAAAAAAGUAACAGCAGGAACCAAAACCACAAUUCAGAGAAUAACAAUAAAGCACAAGAAGGAUCAUCUUUUGAAAGUGCGUCCAGUCUUUACUCGUCUACUAAAACUGACAAUGUAGCUGAAGAUUUAGUCAUACCUAGCUUUUCACCACCAUUAGAAAUUACGGACGACUUUAUUGUACCUAACUUAACAUCCCCUCCAUUGCCAUUACCAGAUAGAGUAAUAAAACCUUCUGUAGAAAGGUUUGAAGUUAAAGCAGAUAUAACACCUAUCGUAGAAAAUCAUAGAAGACAUAAGACUGAAAUUAUGAAACGAAAAGAUGAAGUCCCAGUAAAAACAAAAACAACAGGACGUGAUCUAAUUAGCGGUAAAAGUAGCUCAAGUGGAAGUUAUAGUAUAGGAGGAUCAAAUCCUAAUGUAACUGAAAGUAUCACAGAUAAAAUAUGCAUAGAAAAAAUCAAAGAAGUGCCAGAAAUAAUUGAAAAAGUUGAAAUUUGUGAUCAAAAAAAGAAAAAAGAACAAAAAGAACAAUUAGUCCCGAAGAUGAUGGGUUCUUUGUCUGAUGAUGAAAGAAGUGUUCACUAUUCUUCGUCCGGAUACUACGAGAGUCCUUUAGAUGAUGACGAUGAUGGAGGUUUAACAUACAAGCAUUCACAAAAAUAUAGGUCAACAAGUAGACCAAAGUCUUGGGUAUCAGAAGAUAAUAAAAGACGAAAAAAGAGGGCUUUUACCUUGGAAUUUUCAAAAUCCUAUGAUGAUUCAAUUUCAACGUCACAAGACGACUGGGGUAAAAAAGACAAAGAACCAGACUCAUUAAACCAUCGCACUGAACGUAUUGCAUUCAAAAAUUUAAAUUCCAAGUCACCAUUAGAAGAAAAACUUCCUGAACUUCGAAAAAAGAAAACACAUUUUGUGGAAAAAACUAAAAGUGUGCAAUCUUCUCCAAGAGAAGCUGUAGACAUAGAAAAGGCAUUUAAAGAUAAAACUGUAAAAGAAAAAGAAAAUGAUAACAAAAGGCCCGUAGAAAGAGAAAGGUAUGUAAAAAGAACAAAGUUAAAAGCCAAAAGCCCCACGCAAAGUAAAACAGUAGAUGGUGGUUAUAGACCAGCACACUAUGAUAGAAGAGAAGCUCUAGGGUCUAAUGUAAAAUUACAUCUAAAUAUUCCAACUUCAGAUGAUUCUAGUGAACAAUAUCGAAAAGAAGGUAAUGGAAAUAUAUCGCCUAGAAAACAUAGACGAAUAAGAGAUAGUCCACGGAGAAAAACAGGCAAUAAUUCCAACUCUGCUAAGUCACCCACAUCGAAUAAUCACACAGGAUACAGUUCUAGACCUCGAAGAAAAAGUGGAUCGAAUGAAAGCAUUUCAUUACCUGGAAGUCUGCCGCGCAGAAAACAGUCAAUACCAACGAUUCCCUGUAUGAGUUCCCUUGAGGCUGAAGAUAUUGAAACUGCUAGAACACUAAACAUUGCAGGCGCGAGACUAACUCCAUUGCGCUAUGUGAAAAAUGCCAUCAUGUCACCCAGACCCCAAAAACCAGAUAAAGCAGACGGAAAGUUUGCAAAGGCGGCCUCUGCAGAAUCGCUACGUUCAGUUUCACCAGGAUCAGAUUCCGUAUUCUAUUCAGAACACACGGAGCACGAUUUGGCUGUUGGAGAAUGCGAAGCUAAGGCGCAUUGCUUACAUUGUGGCAAAGAAGUGCACAUUGUAACGGCGUCGCACGACCACGAUAGCAGAGCUUCACGGACAUCCCACACUGAUGAAUCCUAUGCAGAUGCGACAGCAGAAAUUGUACCUGCACCGGCAGGGUUCGCAGAUUCCCCAUCUUGUGGAAUGGCUAAGAAACAAACAAGUGGCACUCGACUGUACAAAAAACUCGACAAACGGUAUCGCUCCGAAGAUAAGACUAGACAUCAUUAUCGACAACGACAGGAUGUUCGAGCAAAGUCUGAAGAAAGAGGUAAAGAAGAAUAUUCUGGAAUCGAGAAACCUCAAGAUACGCGGAUAGCAAGAUCCGCCGGUAACAGUCUCGACAAACUCGCCGAUUCAACUGGAAGCGUAGAUCCAGAUGAACAUGAGGAAUGCUCAGCUAGUUCGGAGGGAGCAGAUGAAGAGAAGGGCGUGUACGCAGCGCCGUGGUGGUGUGGCAACUGGAUCUUGUUGACUGAGGUCGAUGACAGUUGGACAAGAAUACCUCCUGAUGUGAUAGACUCAACAGACUCCGAGAAGGAAGAUCCAACGGAAUCGGAAACGGAGUUCAACAAACGCUACGCAGCGCUGACACAUCGGCUGGUUCAUCGGCGAGCUUGCGUGGAGCUCAACAAACGACAAGCAACUAGCACUUUCGAAAGUGACAAAACGGUGGUAGUAAGACGUGGCAAUGAAGAAUUUGGGUUCAGAAUACACGGUAGCAAGCCAGUCGUGGUGUCAGCGAUCGAACCCGACACCCCAGCCGAGUCUUCUGGGCUUGAAGUUGGAGAUAUCAUCAUAGCUGUCAAUGGAAUUAACGUAGUAGAUAAAACUCAUUCAGAAGUAGUGAAGAUAGCGCAUUCUGGCUCUGAAUUAUUAGAAUUGGACGUUGCAAGAACAUGUGAAGCGGUAGCUUCACUAGCUCAUGAGGGAAGUCCUGUGGCUUUGUACUCAGGAUACUUGUGGAGAGCUGCACCAAUCAAACCUCAUCAUCCUUUGCGUUGGACGAGAAGAUGGUUCGUGCUGAAAAGGGACAACUGCCUGUAUUAUUACAAAACGGAUUCGAGUGUCCAUCCAGUAGGCGCGCUAAUGCUUGUGAACUACCAGCUGACAGAGGAUGAGUCUGGCAGACAACAUGGCUUCCGACUGCAGCGCGGCGGCGGCACCAGGCUGCAACUAGCUGCAGACAACGCGGAAGCUGCCGCUAGAUGGCGUGCUGUAUUAGCACAUGCUAUUGAUGCUAGCAAUCAGAGAGACGGCUGGCUUGAAGUGACAAUAAGAAAUAUGAAGUUACCACCAUCGUCGAUACCGCGGCCUGAUUGUUUUGGAUAUCUAAUGAAAUUGGGAUCGAAAUGGAAAUCCUGGGCCAAACGGUAUUGCGUGCUCAAAGACGCAUGCCUCUACUUCUACAAUGAUGGAAAUAGUAAAAAUGCUUUCGGUAUGGCAUGUUUACAUGGGUAUAGAAUUCAGGCAUGCUCUUCAAGCGGCAAGAAAUAUGCUUUCGAGGUGAUGCCUACUGAGCCAAAACAGAGACAUUUCUACUUUCACACUGAAUCUGAGAUGGAUAGGAAACGGUGGAUGGCAGCUUUGGAAUACUCUAUAGAUCGAUGGAUGAAGGCCGGUUGACCAGAACAUUUUACAUCAGACUCAUUCGAUUUCGUAUAGCCAGUGCCAAAAAUAUAAUAGUCCUUUUUAUUUUAGUUUUUUUUAUUAACACGUCUUUUUCCGAUUAACCAUCUAUCUUUUUGUUUUAUACAGGAUGCUCGGGAGUAUUUUUCAUAACUUCAAGGUGUUGAAAGUUUUUUUUAAUUUCAUACAAAGUAAUUCAAAUAAUUCCGACUAUCCAUGUAACACACGUCUUUAUCUAUCGUUUAUCGUUAAGUUUGGCUACGCCAUUAUUAUAAGGAUGCGUUUUAAAGACACAUUUUAAGAUCUUCUGACAAAAGAAAUAUUACUUACUCCGACAAUAUUCAUUUUAGAACAUUUUACACAGGGGAAUUGAACAGUUAUGGGAAAUACUCCCCAGCACCCUGUAUAAUAGAAGUUACUUAUUCUAUUUUCCAACACUAGGAAAUCUUCAGCGGUUUUAAACUUAUCUCAUAAAUCUGUACAUCUUAUGACUAAAGGUCGCUGCAUACAAAACGGACGAGAUACGGAUAGAAACGGACGAGGCGGCGACAUGGCCUGGUACAUGUGAAUUUAAUGUAAUGUAACACUGUUAUAUUAAUUUUGUGCUUAUAAAACGACAAUUCCAAUAAUUCCAAUACCCGUCUCAUCCGGGUUAAAAUACGUUACGUAUGCAGUGAGCGUAAAAAUAAUAAUGAUUCUGAUGCAUAAUUAUGAUUCUGAAUAUCACUGAAAAAGAUACAUCUGAUCUGAAUUACUUAUUGUAAUAACUCAAUGGAUCACUAACUUACUACAACUGUAAUAAUAACACCUGACAGACAUUGUUAUUCUGUUAAGAUUUAUUAUAGAUAAUCGGGUGUUUCCUAAAUUGCCACUUUUUAUUAAAAACGUCCAGAAUAUGAAUAUCAACCGCUACAGAAUUUAUAGUUCCCUCGCAAAAGAAAAUAUAAUAUAAUAGAAAGUAUAAAGACAUUAUGAUAUUGUAAUAUUUAUCACAGAAAUACAGCGUAUCAAAAUAUUUACAGAUAAUAUAAAAUGUUAAAAUAUCACUGUCAGAUAAAUUUAUUCAAGUAGAUGAAUGAAGAUAAUAUUAUUAUUAUUAUUACGAAACAUAGAUAUCUAAAUAUUUGUAAUGGUUUUAUUUUAAUUUAAAAGGAAUAGCAUUUUUUUAUAUACUUAAUAAAAUAAACACGAGGAUAUACAGAUUUCAAUAAAUAAACAAAUUUGUACACAUGAUGAUAAUUAUUAAUCUACUCGAUUGAAAAACUCUUAUAAGAAUUUUUAUGACGCUAUAAAAUGAAGAAUUAAAUUAACUAAAGGACAUCGAAAUUAAAAAUAAUUGUUUAAAAUUGUAGCUUUAAAUCAGAUAAUUCUAAAAUAGAUAUUUAAUAAAAUAUUAAUAGUGAACUCGACAUUUUUGAACUCAAAAAUAUUUGACUGAGACUCCAGUUAUGAUAUUCUAUGUAUUUAUGUACAUGACUGAGAAAAAUGAGACUAAGAAAGGAUAAUGAGAUUGAAAAUUUCGGAAUGUCUAAUAAUAUUGUAAAGAAAUUUUGAAAUAAAUGUACUACUCUACGAUUAAAAAACUAAAAUUUAGCAAAAUAUAGAUAAUAUAGCACAAUAUUAUCAGUAGAAGUAAGAGUCAACGUAAAAAUAAAAUGUAAUAUAAAAAAUAAAAUACAUCAAAAGUAGUAAGGAGAAAACUAUUCCUAUAGAAUCGGUAGGCAGAUUAUUACGUAUAUUAUCCUAGACAUUUCUGUGUUUUGUGACAUAUUCAUAGAAACUGUUGACUUCAAUAUCGUUAAGUUAUACAAUUGCAAUAAAGGCAAUAUUCGGAGUUCUUAAAACAGGAUUCAUAAACCACGUUUCUCCAAAGUUUUUGUAGUUUGAAAGCCGAAUAGUUGCCUCAGUCAGAUAGAUGCCUCGGUUUUAAAUACACUAUGUUGGAGAUAUAUUUCAGAAUAGAUAAAGUAGGUACCCCUCUUGGAAUUCUUAAUUAAAAUUCCUCAAUAUUGUUGAAUAGUCAUUAUUUAUUUAUUUUCGAAAUGUAAAGGGCCAACUUCCGCUUAUUGUAUCCGAAAUAGUUCAUCUUUUUAAUAUUUAUGCAAAUUAUUAAAAAGAUGAAUUAAAUUAUUGACUGAGUUUUUUGUUUUUAUUAUUGAGGCAGUUUUUCCUUUUUAUGGUCAAUUACUCGUACUAAGAAUACGUACGUAAGAAUAUCAUUUACUUUAAAUCUAUUUUUAUGAACAUUAAAUUAAUUAAAAAAAAAUUAAUUAAUUCGUUAUAUUAUUAUUAAAUAUUAUAUGCAACGCUCUAUUUUUUGAAUGCAUAUUUAACAAUAAAUAGAGCUUAUUUCAAAAGUGAGGCAACUAUCCAGAUUUUACACUACCUCGUCUGUUUUUUUUAAUCUAAAUUAAAAUUCGCUUAAAAUUUAAGUAGGUUUUGUUUUCAAGUGCUUUUGAAGUUUGAAUUCAUGAAGAUUAUCUAACAUGGGUUCGGAACAUAAUUAUCAUUUUGGACAUAUCUUCCUUCUACUAGGCAGAUUCAUCUGCAGCAAAAUCUUUGUCUAAUGAUUUAUCAUAUUUACCUAUUGAUUUGCUUGAUUGAUUGAUCGCCAAGUACUUUAGUUUAUUUAAAAGUAAAAACUAUGGUUACGUUGCGUUUUUUUGGGAUGGGAAAAAGGCACUGAACUAGCGCGGUCUUUGUUUUUACGUACAAAAGACUUUUAAAAAUAUUUCUAAGAAUAAUGUUUGCAGGUUUUUAAUGACUAAAUAGUAUUUUUUUUGUUUGGAAAAUUUAUGUAUAUCUUAGAUUUCAACUCAAGUCUUAACCGAGGUAUCUAGAACCGCUUUUUCAACAAAUCGGCCCAUAACUGAAAAACGUACGAUUUGUGUAGUUCAAUCACAUCAAGAGUAGUGAAAUUGCUCUACAGAUCAUGCAAUGCAUAUAUUAUGUAAUUUUAUUCAUGUAUAAUAAACAUUUCGUUAUAUCAAAUGAAGAAAAGUGUUUAGAGUAUAUAAAUUUUUGUGUUAGCUGUCCAUUUGAAAGGUAAGAAUAGCUUCAUAUAGGUAGAAUGGAAAUAAUAUGUGAGUACAUAAAUAAUUAUCUCAGUCUUUGCAGAUACCAUAAUCAAUUAGGUACUGAGUAUGUGUAAUAGAUGUAAUAUAUAAAUUUAAAAAUAUGUUUUAUUAAUAUUAAGGUUUUUAUCAAACUUACCAAAAUUUUGAAUUAUGCUGGCGCAUUCAACCUGUCCCUGAUGAUGCUAAAUAUUAUACUGAAAAAGAAACAACAUAUUCAUAUUUUAAAAAUUAUGUGGCUUAGUAGUGUCGAUGUGUUGUUUAGUUUAAAUACAAUUCAAAUUAUUUUUGGCCAAAUUAUAAAUAAUCUUAUCAUAGUAAACGUGAUUGAAAGUAUAUAAAAUUAAAUAAAAGUGAUUUGUUACAUUGUAAUAAGUGUUAGAGUAGUAAAAUUAAAUAAAGUUAAUUAAAUGUGUUGGUUGGAGGUUAAAAAUUCUCCAUUAGAAUGCGGUCCAUAAUAGUGACUUAAAUUGUGCAUUAAAAUUGGUAAAUAAUAGAAUAUUAUAAUCCAUAAUUAUUUGUAUGUAUAUAUGUAAUUCUGUAAAAGCUCAAAUACAUAUAUUUAAAUGUAAAAAAAAUAUAAAAAGACUUGAAUAUUAAAACUGACUUUGUUAAAAAAAAGCUUUUAGAUGUAGCCUUGUAUAUUAGUGAAUGUUAAAUAUUAAAUGGGGAAUAGAUAUCGAAAAUCGAUAUUUAGUAUAAAAAUAAAUAUAUAUAAGAGCACGUUGAAAUUAGAUAAUUAUUAUAUAAUUGUGUACGUAAUCAUUUUUAUUCGUAACGUAGAUGUAUAUCAAUAAUUUAAAUGAUAAAUAUUAUUGUAAUGUGUUCAUCGUAAGUAUUUCAAAGAUAAUGAACAAAUUCAAAUUAUAUUUAGUUUUAUUAAAAAUUUGGACAUCAAUGUGAAUCUAUACAUAAUACAAAAAUAGUAAAGACCCAGUAUCUGUUCAUUGUAAUGAAUACCUGAAGUAAUACCAAAAAUACUCGAAAAUUAAGAGUCUAAAAAUUAGCAAAAUCAAUUUGUAACAUUUUAUAUCAAAUCUAUUAUUGUCUGCCCACACUAAUAUUUACUACUGGAUGGAUUUUAAUGCGAUCUUUACUCGUAGAUUUGAAAUAAUGUCCUAAGUUGCAUUUAGGAUGGAUGUACCUAGAGAUUUACCCAAAAAAAUAUUCAUUUUCAACUGGACGAAGUCUCUGUGUUAUAUUCAUACUAUAUAUUACAAUCUUUAUCACUGUUGUAAGUACUGAUUUUAGUCGACACGUUAAAAUAUCUGAGUGUAUACUUUUGUUACGUCUCAAUUGUGUAACAGUGUGAUUAAAAUAUAUUAUGUAGAGACUCGCUCAUAUUUCGUUAAAAAAUAGAUUUUUAAAAGAUAUAUGUGACUGUACGUAUAGAAAUUCGUUGUAAUAAAGUAUUGAAAAAUA